AUGGCUCACUUCCACACUGCCAAUCGCGCCAGCUACCAGACCUACGCUCGUCCCCUAGCUGGUGGAAAGAGGAAGCGAAUAUCCACGAGUAACGAUAUAGAACCCGCUGAGAGCGAUGUGACUUCCUCACCAGCGCGCUCAAUGAAGAGCCGCGACAAUAAGGACAAAUACAACCCCAAGUACAUGGCAGAGAUGUGCUUCAGCGCGUACAAGGUGCGCUUACAUGAGGCUGGCCUUCAACAAUAUACAAUCGACGUUGCGAACGACUGGCGAGAGGAUUUGGUCGAGAUGUUCAGUCACGCCGCGUUGAGAGGAGCCAUCAAGCAAGAUGCAGUAGCCCGUCACAUGGUUCCUCGUCUUGUACUGCUUCUCCCACGAAACAACGAAGAGAAAAAAGAGCUUGUCAAGGAUUUCGCGAAACACUACGAGGACGUACGACACGACAUGAUGGUCAUCAGCAAGACCAUGCUCAGUGGAGACGAGGACUCCAUUGCUGAGGUCCGCGAGUGUCUUUAUGGUUUACACAAGACUCUCGCUGAAGGAGCAAGAUGGCGCAAGAUCUUGCCGUACCUACCACUACCGCUGCCACUGCACCGCCUCCGGGCUCUCCGCAAUCUGAUAGAGUACUCACGACCUUACCAGUUCCUCCGCCAUCUCGUCACCGAAAUUGACGACAUUGAGGGUUGGCUUACCUUUUUUCCCACAGGCCUUAACACCUCGAUUUUUCCGACUGGACUUGUCAACGCAGUGAAAGGAACUCUGCAGCAAGUAACCGAGGAUCAAAUUGUAAAGACCAGCAUCGGUCCUAACGCACAGGAAAUGGCAGAGUACCGAGAGCAAAAGGCCAAACGACAGCAUCUAGAGAAGAAGGAACAAGCUCGUCAGCAGGAACAAACCUACGCUGAUAAGCUACAAAAGAUCGAAGCCGAGCAGAUACAGAUGAAGAAAGACAUUAAAUCGCUCGAGCUGGCCGUCACGAAGGAACGUGCUCAGGAAAUUGCGAAGAAACAUUCAGAGGCCGCAGCUCUAGCGAAGCGCGAGAAAUCGUAUUAG